AUGACGAUCUGUACUUACAACGCCCGUACGUUUGUAUCAGAUGCGGCCAUUGAAGAUCUGAUGAUGCAAGCUAGGAAGAUUAAGUACGACGUCAUCGGACUGACCGAGACAAGACGACGCUACCCAGUUAGCGCUGUGUAUGACACUGGAGAAGAACAAGAGGCUAUAAAAAAAGAUAUUAAAGAGAGAAAAGCAGUAGAGUUGGCUGAAGCUGCAAAUGCGGGAAAGAGCAUUCUCUUCCACCCGUCGGAACUUCCCAAAUCGCAAAACAACAACGACUGCUCUCCGGACCCGAGAUGGAACAACUACAACAUCGAGAAGGGGGAUGGAGAAGGUCGUUUACGACUUCUACUCGGAUCUCUUCGACAGCCACGUCCACUUGCCUCCUCACCAUCUGAGGGAAGAUGUACAUGUCAUUCCAAAGGUUAUCCCUUCCGAAGUCCGACAUGCCAUCAUCCAGAACUCAUCAACACGCUGGCGAGGCUCUUCACUCGUCAUCUGUCAGAAUGCAGGGUACCUAAACAAUGGGAAGCCAGCAGUAUCGUGCUGUUGUAUAGGAAGGGAGACCUGCAAGACAUCGGCAACCAUCGCCCAAUUUGCUUACUGUCUGUCAUCUACAAGCUCUUCACAAGAGUAAUCCUAAAUAGAAGAGAAAGAAUCUUAGAUGAAGGACAACCACGCGAGCAAGCAAAGUUCCGAAAAGGGUUGACGACUGACCAAAUACGCCCCGUUUCAAAACUUGUACAAGUAACGCGAGAGUACAAAAUGCCACUGUGUCUCAUUUUCAUCGACUUGAAGAAAGCCCUCGAUACAGUUGAAACCGAAGCGGAAAACGAGACCUUGGACAACGAAAGCGUCCCUAGUUCACACACACAUGAUGAUAUUUCUGCCACUCUCGAGAACACGAUGCGAGGAUUGAAAUGGGAUAACAUGAGAGUGAAAGUUGACAGUUGGCAUUUACACCAUUUUCGUUUCGCUGAUGGCAUCGUUUUGAUAACAUCUAGCAUCAAUCAUGCGGAACGGAUGCUGAACGAAUUUGAUGAAACGAGUAAAAAGAUCGGUUUUUAA